ACCCUCGCAAUUUUGCGACCAAUUUUGAGAAUAGGCCUUCGAGUGUUUUGCCGAAGUAAUCGUGCGACGUGAGGUAAGUAAUUGCUGUUCGCGGAAUUGCUGCAGCGGAUGUUUUCUUUCUCAUGUUAUUAUCCGCGAAUUGUAUACGCGCCGUCGAUCGAUCCCCUCGACGCGUCUAACAUUUUCUCCCUUCCCUCUUUAAAUGCAUGCGUUUUUCCUCGAUAAUAACGUCGCUUGGUAAUGUCGCGAAGGCGCGAAAAAAGAAUACGACAGGUGUGAAUAAUCAAACGGACCCUAAACAAAGGGUCAGUUGAGUACACGUGAGGAAGUUCCGAAUGCGUUUACGACCUGUCGCUACCGCGGUCAGUCUGUCCGUGUCCUUCAAAGUAAAUGGAACAUUUCGAAAAACGUUACUGUAAGCUGUACCAAUUUUCCCUGACGGUCAGCGGACUAUGCCCUUAUCAGAGCAUAAGGAAAGCUCGUAUGAUAAGGGCUUUUAUUACCAUCUUGAUACUGUCGUCCGUGUUUGUUCAGUUGAUGAGCAUUUUUACAUCAAAGUUUACGAUGGAUUUCUUCAUUAUUAUAAUACCAGCGUUCAUACCUACAUUGGGUACAUUGAUUCAUUUGUACAUGCGCGCCAUGCGGAUGGAUGAACUUAAAGGAAUGUUCGACCGUAUAAGGGACGACUGGGCAUUGCAAAAGACAGACGACGAGGUAAAAAUCAUGUACAACAGUGCUGCAACUUCGAGAUUAUUCACGUGUUUUUUCAUGCGUAAGGGAAAUGUUAGAUUUCGUUUUACCUACAAGAGAAAAAUAUGCGCAUAUGCUCCGUUCGUAAGAUCGAAACUGUAUUUUCGCGUGUGAGAAAUAAUGACACCUUCUUCAUUAUCAACGUCGCAUGUAUCACUCUCAAAGAACAACACGGAAUAUUUCUGCCAGCGAAUCACAUUUUCAUGAUUUCACCUUUAUAAUACAUUCAUUAUAAUCGGUAUCAUUAAAUCGAAUUGGUGUGAAAUUUCCUACGGGUGAUUUUUCAUUUAACUCAGUGCCGAAAUAAUUUACUCCCGAUUCGCUUCUCCUUCAAUUUUCCUCAUAUUUUUAUCAU